AUGGUCAGGACCAGGUCGAGGGCUACUAGCCCUGGCCGUCAGGGAAGCAGAGGCGCUUCAAGUGAUCCCCAGCGUGAUCGCCAAUCUGCACCAGUCAUGCAGACGUCAUCCGUUCAGAAUAUGCAAUCCAUGGCGGCUGCAAUGGCGGAAUUGACUCGCCAAAACCAGGAGUUAAGGAUGGAGAUCAGUCAGAGAAGACAGACACGUGAGGAACACGCAGGACAGACACAAGGCCAUGGUGACAAAGAGAAUACUGAGGUUGGAAGCCAGUUUAGAGGCACCACUUCACGGGUAGUGCCACACUUGAAAGAGGAGAUGGACCAAAUGAAGAAAGUCAUGGAGGAGAUGAAGGAGAACAUGAGGAGAACUAAUCCUAUAGAGGAUUUGGUCCACAGAACAGAUUCUCCUUUUACGGCUUCCAUCAAUGGCCACCCCUUACCAUCAAAGUUCAAACUGCCUUCCCUGGACUCGUAUGAUGGGACGCGUGACCCCUUUGAUCACAUUGCAACAUUCAAGACGACAAUGCACCUCCAAGGGGUCCCUGAUGAAAUCAUGUGUCGAGCCUUCCCUACUACCCUUAAAGGCCCGGCACGAGUUUGGUUCAGUAAAAUCCCCCCAAGUUCCGUAAGUUCUUUCGAAGAGUUAAGCAAAUUGUUUGUUAACAAUUUCAUCGGGGGACAGAGGCACAAGCGCUCUUCGUCCAGCUUACUGACCAUAGAACAAGGGGAGAACGAAAGCCUGCGGUCAUUCAUCACUCGCUUCAACAGGGAAGCCCUUAGCGUGGACGAGGUGGACGACAAGCUUCUACUGGCAGCCUUCCACAAUGGGAUUAAUUCGGAUUUAUUUAUCCACAAGCUAUACGAGAAGGAGCCUCAAACCAUGGCCGAGCUCCCAAGAAGAGGAAAAGAGCUGAGAGGAUGGAAGCGCACCCAGCUCGACACUCAGAACAAGCCCCUCGUCCAAAGAAGGGACGGACGGAAGAUAGGAAGGAACGAGAUGGCAGGAAGACAGGUCCCAUGGGAAGAAGCCAGAACUAUACGCCCCUGA